AUGUCACCGAUGGAAGCCAGGCAAGAGCUUCAAAGAGCUUCAUUGUUGGAUGUGGAACGUAAGCAAGUCUCCCAGUGCUGGGGGAGGGAGGAAGCUGUGUUCAGAGAGCUCAGGAAAAGCAGGCUCAUAUGUCUCGCACAGGCUCUCCACAGCUUCGAACAGCUAAUUCUCCCAAAAAGUUAAGCUGGGUUUGAGUUACAGUUACGAAAAGAAAAAUGGGUGCGGUACACGUUCGUUAAGUUUCACGUCCGACAGCAACUAACAAAAAAAAAGUUUUUGCGCUCUGUUAAAUCAAAUUCCUAACUUUACCGCUCCACCCCCUUUCUGCUUCUGGAUGUGAAUUCUGAAGGGGGGAGGGGGGUUUGGAGUUGGAAUUAUUUUAACCAAACGAAAGUGACUACUUCUAAGCAAGAAGAGGAGGAAACCGGAAAAAAAAAGGAAUCACUUCGAUUUGAAGUUAAACAAAUGAAAAUGCUGGAGAUUUGCCGCAAGCUGGUGGGGUGUAAAUCAAGGAAGACUCUGUCUGCUUCAUCCAGCUGCUACCUGGAAGAAGCUCUACACCGUCCAGAUUUUGAGUCACAAGGCCUGACCGAGGCUGCCCGGUGGAACUCCAAAGAGAACUUGCUUGCUUGCCCUAGUGAAAAUGACCCCAACCUUUUUGUUGCACUGUAUGACUUUGUUGCCAGCGGGGACAAUACACUCAGCAUAACCAAAGGUGAAAAGCUUCGUGUUUUGGGCUACAACCACAAUGGAGAAUGGUGUGAGGCUCAGACUAAAAAUGGCCAGGGCUGGGUUCCCAGCAACUAUAUUACACCUGUUAACAGUCUAGAGAAACACUCCUGGUACCAUGGGCCAGUCUCACGCAAUGCUGCAGAAUACCUCCUCAGCAGUGGCAUCAAUGGGAGUUUUCUGGUGCGAGAGAGUGAAAGUAGCCCCGGACAAAGAUCCAUAUCACUUCGUUAUGAAGGAAGGGUAUACCACUACAGGAUAAACACUGCAUCUGAUGGGAAGCUAUAUGUAUCUUCAGAGAGUCGCUUCAACACCUUGGCAGAACUUGUUCACCACCACUCUACAGUGGCUGAUGGACUUAUCACCACCCUACACUACCCAGCUCCCAAACGUAACAAGCCCACAAUUUACGGAGUCUCCCCGAAUUAUGACAAAUGGGAGAUUGAGCGGACAGACAUUACGAUGAAACACAAGCUGGGUGGAGGGCAGUACGGUGAGGUGUACGAGGGAGUGUGGAAAAAAUACAACCUGACUGUGGCAGUGAAAACACUGAAGGAAGAUACCAUGGAAGUGGAAGAAUUCUUGAAAGAGGCUGCAGUUAUGAAGGAAAUUAAGCAUCCUAAUCUGGUACAGCUGCUAGGUGUAUGUACCCGGGAGCCUCCGUUUUACAUCAUCACGGAGUUUAUGACUCACGGUAACCUUCUAGAUUAUCUACGUGAUUGCAACAAGGAGGAAGUGAAUGCUGUUGUGCUGCUAUACAUGGCAACUCAGAUCUCCUCUGCGAUGGAGUAUUUGGAGAAGAAAAAUUUCAUUCACAGGGAUCUUGCCGCUAGGAACUGCCUUGUAGGGGAGAACCACUUGGUUAAAGUGGCUGAUUUUGGACUAAGUAGAUUAAUGACAGGGGAUACAUAUACAGCACAUGCUGGGGCAAAGUUUCCCAUUAAAUGGACUGCUCCAGAAAGUUUGGCAUACAACAAAUUUUCAAUCAAAUCCGAUGUGUGGGCAUUUGGUGUCCUGCUGUGGGAGAUUGCAACUUAUGGCAUGUCUCCCUACCCUGGAAUUGACCUUUCACAAGUUUAUGACCUGUUGGAAAAGGACUACAGGAUGGAGCGGCCUGAGGGCUGUCCAGAGAAAGUCUAUGAAUUGAUGCGAGCAUGUUGGAAGUGGAACCCAGGAGACCGACCAUCAUUUGCAGAUAUCCAUCGCGCUUUUGAUACAAUGUUCCAAGAAUCAAGUAUAUCAGAGGAGGUUGAGAAAGAGCUCGGGAAGAAAGGAGGGAAAUGCUGUGGCAGCAACAAACCACAGGCACCAGAACUGCCAACCAAAACACGCACCCUGCGCAGAACGACUGAGAGCAAAGAGCCAAUUGAAGUUCAGGAGGUGUCCCAUUCAAUAUUUAAAGUCUUGAGCCAACAUGAUUCCGGGGAUCAUGAGAUGGCAGUUUCUCCCAUGCUGCCACGCAAGGACAGAGACCAGGACAGCAACCUGGACGAUGACCGUUUGCAGUCUUUCACCAAGGAGAAAGGCAAAUCCAGCUCCAUCUUCAGCUCCUUUAUCAAAAAGAAGAAGAAGACCGCACCCGCCCCUCCCAAGCGCAGCAGCUCAUUCCGAGACACGGACGGGCAGGUGGAGCGUAAGGGAGAGGCACUGGAAGACACCAGCACUGGGAAAGAUACAAACAACGGAGCCUUUCUCAAUAGCGUAGCCCCUCUUGACGCAAUCGAUCUGAGUAAAUUGCAGCACUCAUUUAGCACUGUGGCACAAACUGCAAACAAUGGAGGUGGAGGAGUCACCAAUGGAAGCUUCUUGGGGACGACUGGGUUCUUCUCUCCACAUUUGAAGAAAUCCAACACAUUAACGUCCAGCAAAGCUGCGGGGAGUGAAGAAGAGCCAAUCUCCAACACCAAACGCUUCAUGAGAUCUUGCUCUGCGUCCUCUAUGCCUCCAGGCAGCAAGGAGAUGGAGAGGAAAGCACUGACGCUGCCCCGAGAUCUCCAGUCGGUGGGGAAGCCGGCAGAAUCUGUCCUGGCCUCUGGCUGUGACAGGACUGAGAAGCCAGCGUUGCCUCGGAAAAGGACAAAUGAAACUAAAGUGGACGUGGUGCCUCGGGGCAGCAUGACUGCUCCUCCUCGGCUGCCAAAAAAGACAGACGAGUUAAAUGAUGAUGUUUUUGCUAACCUGGAGUCCAGUCCCAGCUCCAGCCCACCAACAUCGACUCCAAAACUUGUCCGCAGGCAGCCAGGGACUGUUGUGUCCAGUGGUCUUGGCCUCAAGGACAAGGACGAAGGUGGGAAGAUUUGUGCCUUAAAUUCCCCACAGGAGCCCAUCUCCUCCAGCCUGGCUGCCCCUGCACUGAAGCAGAGCUCCACCUCUUUCCUUGGGGGAGUGAAUCAGCUGACUGAGGACUCGAGGGCACGGCGGUUCAAGCAGGCUUCUGACCAGCUGCUGUCAGCUCCCGUUAGGGACCGGGGCAAACUGCAGAAAUCCAAGCCGGCUCCCCCUCCUCCACCAGCUACAAAAUCCCUUCGGCCGCCUCGGAGUCCGACCCACGAGGCCACAGCCGAGAGUGCCACAGGCGUCAAGCCUAAGCCGGUCAUGGACACUUCGGGUGGGGAGGCUACAAAGGCCCCCCCACCAGGGGAUGCAGUUAAAAGGCCCGCCCUCCAUUCAGCACCAAAGUCCCAGUCCUCAACGAGGCCGUCAGCUGCCUCCUCAUCCUCCACACAACCUGCCUUAUCAAACCCAAGCACCGAACAGCAAACCUCCACCACUACAGCCUUCAUCCCCCUCAUCUCCACCAGGGUGUCUCUGCGCAAGACCCGGCUUCAGCCCGAGAGGAUGGCCAGUGCCAAUAUCACCAAGGACACCGUUUUGGAGAGCACUGAGGCGCUCCGCAUGGCUAUUGACAGGAACUCUGAGCAGAUGGCGAGUCACAGCGCGGUGCUGGAGGCAGCCAAGAACCUGUACACCUUCUGCACCAGCUACGUGGACUCCAUCCAGCAGAUGCGCAACAAGUUUGCCUUCAGGGAGGCUAUCAACAAGCUGGAGAGCAACCUCCGUCAGCUCCAGAUUUGCUCAGCCAGCCAGGACUUUACCAAACUGCUCUUGUCUGUGAAAGAAAUCAGUGACAUCGUCCAGAGGUAGCAAAGGCUCCGGUGGGGUGGGUGGUGGAGGAGGGUGGACAUAAUAUGUACACAGAAUGCUGCUCCCAGACUCCGUAACAGUAUGAUAGAAUCAGGAGAAGGACUUGAAUUUGGCUGCUUGCUGCCAGAGGUGUGCACCGAAACGUAGCAUUUAAUCCUGAGUGGCUCUGUAAAUUCCUCGUGUCUGCUUCAGUUACCUCUUGCAAUAACUUUGUUGUCACAUGCAAACAUUCAUACUGUACAAACAGCAGGUGAUUCAGCUUAAUAGAUCAACUCUAGCCUAUGUUCAGCUCACCUUUUCACUCUGUCCCUUUCUCCCUCAUGUGCUUAACAGUCUCAAGACAAUAGCAGUUAAUUCCACUCCAAAACAUAAGAGGAUCAGCAUUUUCCAUUUGAUAAGUAACUGUGACGUUUCAUUACGUAUUCAGGAGCCAACAAAAUACUUGUGUAUUACAAGUCAGCCAUUGUUGAUUACAAACCCAGAACAUGUUGAAACUUUUAAUGGAGUGCUGAUAGUUAAGAGAAGAUAGUGGGGUAAAAACUGAUUCUCACUGACAACCUGAUCCCUCACUGCAAUUCACCUUCCAUCAUUUGCACUGGAGUUUUGUUUUAAAAAGAGAACGUGUCGUUUAGCUUUUGCAGUAUUAGACAGUGGACAUGAAUACCAGACAAUCACCAUAAUAAAUUUAGUUAACACCUUUUAUAGACUGUGCUUUCCUUUGGUUAUGGGACCAUUGGAAUUUAAUACCGUGGCUGCAAAUUUACACAUUGUGUACUCAUCACAACUGAAGAGAUUGUUAAAUUAAUAAGAGUUGAAUGCUGCUGUAAGUGACAGAAAGCAUCAAAUAAUAGUUCACCACUUGUAUAGUUCCUACCUCAUUCGUACUAGUGUUUCAUUUGAAAGCUUAAAAAGCAGACCGAGAAAGCAGUGAAAUCAGCCAGAGCCCCAUUAUUCCGAGGUGGCAAAUCUCAAUCCUGGCUGAAGCUGGCUUUUCUUGUCAGGGUGAAGAGGAUUCAGUUCCAUCUGACAAUCCUGAAACAAGGCAGAAACCAACCCACAACCACCAACACCCUGCCUUCAAUAAACACAACUGCAGAGUGUGGAAUAAUAGUCUAAUCUGGCACUCACCAACACAUUUUGACACUAGGACGUGAGAUACAGGCUGCCAACUCUGAUCUUGAUAUAUUCCUGUAGGUUUCUGCACAUGACAGCAGCUUUCUACACUUCAAAAAUUUUUUUUUUAAAAAGUCCCUAUGGUACAUAACAUUUGCAUUGCACAAUUACCAGGGAAUGACCAUCUCUGAAAAGAAAAUGUCUAACCAUCAGCACUCGGCAUUCAAUAGAAUUACCAUCAUUGAAGCUCCUGACAUCAACAUCCUGGGGAUUACUAUUGAUCAGAAAUUGAACUGGACUAGCCAUAUAAAUGCAGUGGCUGCAUGAGUAUGUCAGGGACUAGGAAUCCUGCAGCAAGUAACUCAUCUGAUCACCUCUCUUCAAGGCACAAGUAACGAGUUUGAUAGCUACACUCCCACACUGUUCUAUAACAAUACUUGAAGCACAACCCACCGUCAAUGCACAGCAGCAAUAUGUACUAUCUACAAGAUGCAUUGCAGGAGUUCACCAAGGCUCCUUAGAGAGCACAUUGCAAACUCAUGAUCUUUACAUUCUAGAAAGAUAAGGGCAGCAGAUACAUAGGAACUUGCAAGUUCUCCUCCAAGUCACUCACCAUCAAACUUGGAAAUAUAUCUCUGUUGCCUCAGUGUGGAUGGGUCAAAAACUCAGGAACUCCCUCCCUAUUGGCAUUGUGGGUAUACUUAAACCCCAUGGACUGCAGCAGUUUCGGAAGACAGCUCACCACCAUUACCUCCAGGCCAGUUAGGGUUGGGUAAUAAUUGCUAGAUCAACCAGCAAGCCCCAUACCCUGGAAUAAAUUUUUAAAAAGCAAAUUUCUUUUGGAGCAGCUCACUUGAGUGACCAGCAGAGUAGUCACUCAUUCCUGGAAGUUUGGUGACUUCCAGCAGUGUGCAUUUGACUGUCUAAAUGUAGAAAGCUACAGCUGUGGCUGUAAUCCAGACUAAUCACAGUGUCUAUUAGUAUUCUGUGUUCAAAGGAGUUGACAAAAUCUCACUCAACACUGCUUAACACACACUCAUAAUCUGUUUUAACAAUUUAACUAAAUGUUAUUAUUACACACUGUUUUCUCACAGUGAGCUCCCGCAAUCAGCAAAUUGGUAAUGACCAGAUUUAAAAAAAGACUAAAGAAGCCUUAAUCUCAGAUGAAGAUAAUGUAUUCCUGGCCAAAAUUAAUAUUACUGAUAUUGGCAAUAUUAAGACUUAGUGGUCUUAAUACUUUUUAGGAUCAAAUUAAUUGAUUCUGAGAACAAUAUGUAACAUGAAAUGAUAUAUAAUUUGUAAUUGUAUGUAAUGUGGUAACUAAAGCAGACUUGAGGACUCGUUCCAUCUUUGUAUAUUUACAUUCUUACAUCUCUGUCUUGCCCACAGCUGAGAUGUAUUCACAGGGCUUGAAUGCAAUAAUUUCCCAUUUGUAAGAUUGUUUUCCUCUCUCUCUAACUAAAAUUGUUCCCAGUGAAUGUUAAAAGUUACUGGUCAAUAGCGAAACUCACUUGAGUAAACCAGGUCAUUUGAACCAAAUGCUCUGCUUUGACGGUAGCUUGUAACUUUUUUACCAGCCAGAAUGUUGUUAAUGACUCCAGAACCUUGACUGCAAAAUCUGAAGGAUUCACAAGCGUUUUAGUAAUUGUCAUCCACAACUUUGCAUCAAGGCUGCCCAUGGACAUUGUCAGCACCAUUUAACAGUUGAAGGGAUGUAUUUUAAAAGGGGUGGGGGAAAAUGUGAUGGGAGAGAAAUGUCCUGUCCUUUGACUUGUUAGGAUGACACAGGAGCAGCCCAUAAUAAAACCGUGAAGACGCACAUGAUGCACUGUUGUAUGGUAGUCAGGUCUUUUGAAAUGCUUGACACUUAACUACAUCAUUGUGUGUGAUUAGCUUGGACACUACUUACUCUGAAUCAGAAGGGGCUUGGAAAACAGACCCAUAGAAACACAAUGUGAAGUAUUGAGAUGGUUUUGGUGUGUGAAAUAUACCUUCACACUUGAGUUUUGUUAAGCAAUGCCUUAACUUCCUUCUCUCAGCAGUCAAGAAUUGGCAUCAACCAGAUAUACAUUUCAAGUUCAUUAAUCAAUCCUACGAGGACUUUAGCAUCCACCAAUCUCAGCAGUUGUAAAGUAAAGCUGAUUCUUUUGUUGGUUAUUAGAAUGAGAUGUUUUUAUAUUGUCAUAGAACUGCACUGUGUUGAAACCUGGAGCAGAAAGGCUAAAUGUGGCACAUUGGAGUCAGAUUUGUUUCCAAAUCUGACAGCUUGCUGUUUUGUUUUUAAUUCCACUUAAUGUUCUGAAAAGACUUGAAAGAAAUCAAAUGCUCAUGCAUUUUCUGUGUUGGGGUCUAGCUUUAUAACUAAAGCUCAUGUGAUAGUUAAAUGGUCUUGAUUUACUUUGAUUCCUCUCACAGCGAUAAUCACUGAAGAUGUAGCCUCUGUGUAUUAGCCAGACAGGGUCAACUCUGAUCCCAGUAAUAAUGGCUAGACUUUCAUGGUUGUAAUAUUUUCAUUUUGUACAUUGUAUCAGUAUUUUUUUUUGUGAAGAGAUUUCCAGUUUCCACUUACCAUACAACAGCAAUUUAGGCACAAUAUUAAAAGGACUUGAAUCUGCUAUUUGAAUUCUCAUCACUGUAAACUGUGUUGUAAAUGUUCUUCCAAAGGGUAUUCUGCCGAGUUCUGUCCAAAUGUGCACCUACACUGAAGCUGCAGCCUGGCAUUGAUAUUGGAGACUUGACCACAAGUUGUUGCCGUACACUGUGUUUAUGUUGAUCAAAUUGCAGAGGUCUCGCGCAGCUACUGCUAACACUGAAGUUGACAAAGAUCAAAGCAAGGCUGGGCCAGAUCAGUGUGAGAACAGCGUCUUGUGUAGAAAAUCCUGUUUAAAUUGCAUCAUAGAAAUGGGCUAAUUUAGCCCAAUCAGCUUGUGUCAGCAUCUACUUUCCACAAGAAAUUGUCUGGCUUAGGAACAUCAGAGCAGGAUUCAGCCCCUCAAACCUAUUCCACUUUUCACUUCGAUCAUGGCACAUCUGUAUUUUGACUCCAUUUCUCUUCCUUGGCUUAUCCCUUGCUCAACAAAAAUCUACCAAUUUCAGUCUUGAAAAUUGACUCAGUAAUCUAUUUUUUCAGGGAGAGUUCCAGACUUGCAUGAAAAAAUGUUUCCUGAUUCACAUCCAGCUGACCUACCUCCAGUGUUAGGGUUUUCACCUCAUGUUCUUGUUUCCUCCACCAGAGGAAAUAAUAUCUGCCCUGUCGAAAGGCUUCUUCAAUUUAAUCUUCUACAUCAGGUCAUCCUGCAACCAUUUCAACUAAAGGGAAGAGAAACCCAGUAUAAAUACAAAUAUUGAACAUUUGAGUUUGAACAGAUCAAAAUGAUAGCAUUCUCUGUCCGGUAUAACUAACUUGACAUUGUAGAUAUCUUGUAGUGAGGAUAAUUCUUAUGAAUGGAUAAAGGUUACAAUUGUAACUUAUUGAUGACACAAAUCACUCUAACAAAUGUUGGCAGCACAAAAAUGCACCUGAACAGCAAAACAAGCCCAAAAAAUUACUGAGAAUCAUAAACAUGGCAACUUUGCUUUAUUGUGAAACCAUAAUCAAAUCUUAGCGCCUCAGCUCCCAUAUCAUUAUUAAAGCCUUUUCCAUUCUUAUUUAAUAAUGAAUUCUUCAUGUGACAUCAGUUCUCAAACAACUGAAUAAGUAAUAACCUCAUUCCCAUGGAUACCUGACUAGUCCAUGUCUGUGUUUAUUCUUCCUAAUGAGCUUUGUCCCAUUCUGCUUUCUCUAAUUCUAUAAAUGUAACUUUUGGUACAGCCCCUCUUCAUGGUUUGGACUGAAGCUUUGGGGUGAUGUCGAGGAGUGGUAGUGUCACUGUGCUAGUAAUUGAGAGGUCCAAGCUCAUGCUUUGGGAACGCUGGUUCAAAUCCAACCAUGGCAGCUAGUGGUAUUUAAAUUUUCUUCAUAAAGUCUGGAAUUGAAAGCUUCCCUCGGCAACAAUAACCAUGCGAACUAUCAUCAAUUGAUGUAUUUAGUACUUCAGUGACCCUUAGGGAAGAAAAUUUGCUACCCUUACUCAUUCUGGCCUACGUGUGACUUAAGGCACACAGCAACUGAGUUGACUCUUAACUGCUCUCUGAAAUAAUCCAGCAAGCAACUCGACAAGAAUUAUGGACAGACAACAAAUGCUGGCUUUGCCAGUGACACCCUCAUCUUUUAAAGGUUUUUUUAAAAUAAGUUACCCCUUAAAUGCAUCUGUACUACUUGCCUCAUUAUGGUAGCUAAUUCCACAUCUUCACCCUUCUUUGAGGUUUUAAAAGAAAGGUUUUCCUUAGUUCUCUUAAGCUCACCUGCCUAUUAACCUGUUCUUUGUUCUUUUCCUUGAGCCUUCACUUUUUAUAGAGAAAAGAGUCCUCGUCCCAGUUUUUACUGAUAACUAUAGACUUUCGGUCCUGGUAUCAGCCUUGUGAAUCUCUUUUGCAUCUCCAGCACCUCUAUGUCCUGCUUGUAAUGCUCACAAGGGCCCUCACCACUCUUCCAGUCCCAUUCUUCCAUCACCACCUCGCCUUGGAAACACUGACAUCAUCUUACAUAGAUUUACAUAUGUUAUACAGUACAGCCAUUGAUCCAGUUGGUCUGUACCUGCUGCACACAAUCCCCCCCCUCAUUGGCCCUUAUCAAACCCCAAUAUAACCAGUUCAUUUCCACCUAAUAUGCUAUUAGAUGGAGUUUACUCGUUCAAACUCCUGAAGAAGGACAUCUGAGCAGUGCCUUUUAAUAGUCUACAGUCAGUGGUAUUGCUCUAGAGAUUGAGGAAUAAACAAUCCCCUGCCCUCACGAAAUUGAAUAUAUAGCUUGUCCCUCGUGUUAAAGGCCUACAGCUAAGCAGAGUGCCUGCUGUUGACAGAAUGGCUGAAAUGUGGAGCAUGUCCUGCUGGAGGCAGUGUUAAAACCCAAAUCCCAAGACCGUGAGGCAUUCAGAGCAUCAUUGCCAUGUUACUAUAAUGAGGUAAUUAUGUGGAUUAUAGCAUAAAUUGACCAGAGUACAAUCAAUAUCUGACCACCCACAAUGGAACGAUGAGUGCAGGGUCUCCCUAAUAUGUUGGUGAAGGCCUGACCAUGCAAAUAUUGGAAAUGAUAACAAGUGAUUGGUUAGCACAAAGUAGAUGCAGUGGUUUUUAAAGCAAAUUUAUGAAUAACUAUGUAAGUUAGCUGGCUGAGCUGGAAGGUUUGUUUUCAGGCGUUUUGUCACCGUACUAGGUAACUUAAUCAGUGAGAGGCUCUGGUGAAGUGCUGGUGGUAUGU